CUGGCAGAGAUAAUGCAAAAUGAUUCCAUUAAACUUUGACUUGUGGAUCAAAUAUGCCAUUCCACAAUAGUAUUAUCAUCCUUAAUUUAAUGAUUCUAUUAGCAAGUCAUUAAAUAAUAGAGAGGAAUUAAAUUGAUAACGUUUGAGCAACAGCCAUCAAAAUAAGGCAUUCAUUAAAUUCAAUCCGUCAUUCACUAAUGCUGAUUUGAACUAUUUCUAGCAACUGAAUGACGAAUGUAAGACUCGGUAAAUAAAAAUAAAACAUCAUAAUACAAAUAUUCCGUACUUUCAGAAUACAUAAUACUAAUGACAUUUUAUAACUUCUACCUGCAUUUUAUUAUAAAUUGGGACCCCUUGAAGGAGAGUCUCAGUACGAUAUUUUCUGUGGAAGUGGUUGUUUUAGUGACUCGAACGUUUUUUCUGAAUUUUAAUUCAUAAACGGACAGAUCAUGAAGUGCAGUGGUUGUAAUCCGUUAAGUCCUAUUUACGAUUUCAUAGUUAAUUAUGGCCCACCUAGUAUUGUUGUUAAAUAUAUUAGUCAUAAACCUUGUGAUUCUCCAUUUUUCCCAUAUUAUUUAGAGGAGUUAGUACGAAAAAGAUUCAGAAAAGAAUUUAACGAUAGGGAAUAUGUAAUUUUAUAUGCUCUUUUGGCUAGAGCAGCAGACCCGAUGUCAUAUUGCAAAAGAGGUGACAGACGUAAAACUGUGAUGGACUUGGCGGUUGAAACUAAAGACGUAGAGUUAAUCCAACUGUUCCUGGAAAUGUUGAAAUACCAAGACGAUUUACUUGUUGAUCCAUUUGUACUUGAUAACUACCAUUUUUAUCACAGUAACGCAGUUCUAAGGGCUGUUUCAGUUCAGUCGAUAAAAAUUGUGAAGCUCGCUCUGGAAUUGAAUUUUGAGCCGGAUGAAAGAUCAUUCCGACGGAAUACACCGUUGCACAUUGCAGCAUCAUACAAACGGUUGAGCAUCUCCAGAUAUUUAUUGAACAUUGAUGUUGAUGUUGAUGCAGUUAACGUAUAUGGGGAAACACCCUUGUUUUUUGCUGUUAAAGACAAACAAAUCGAGCAAGCGAUUCUCCUGCUUCAGUACGGAGCAAAUGUAAAAGCAAGGGAUAUACAUGGAAAUACAGUACUGCACGGUUUAUGUUCCACAAAAGAAGGAAUCGACAUGGAAAUGUGCGAAUUUUUAGUGGAAGUCGGAUGUGACCCUAAUUUAUUGGGAAAAUAUGGGCAGACUCCAUUGCAUAAGCUUGCUAAAAACCAUGAAGCACCUCAUGCAAUGGAAUGUGCCAAAUAUUUAAUUGAAAAUGGUGUAAAUGUAAAUUUCCAGGAUGAAUUCGGCGAAACAGCUUUACAAACCUUAGCGGAGUGUUGUGAAGAAUACACCCCAAUGUUCGAGUUACUUUUGAGAAGUGGGACUGAUACGAAAAUAUUGAAUGAGGAGGGGAGUACUUUCUUAGACAUAUUGCAACUGAAUACGUGCAAUUAUACGAGACGAGAAAUUCUGAGACAUCUAAUUAUACUGGAAUUUAAAGAAAAUUUUCAAUUCAGUGUUGAUAGAAUCCUCUCUAAAGAUGAAUUAUUCCGAAAAUAUUGUAGAAAAGAAUUAAUACAUUUCGAGUCUCUAAAAAUACCACAAUUUCAAACAGUACCGGAAUAUUCUCUUUACAAAAUUCUGAUUUCGACUCACAAGCAAGUAAGCAGAUUAUGUCAAAAUCCAAUUUUACAGUCAAUAGUGUCAGAAUUCGAAGAACGAGAAUAUCCAAUGUAUGGCGCUGAUCUGAAAACGAAAAUGGAGUCUGGGUUGCGACUAUUUUUGGAUGAAGAAAGAGCUCUUGAAAUUUUAUCAAUUAUCUCUAACGGAGUGCUAAAUUAUGAUGUCAUGAUAGAAAUGAUGAAAUAUGUCAAAUUACAAGAAUUGGAAAUAUAUUUAUCGACGAAACACAAUUCAAAAGAUGAAGAAAAAGGAAAGCAAAAUAUUAAAAAAAGUAAAAAAGUGAAGAAAGUCAAAGUUCAUGCAACUAAAUAUAAAACUAGAAAACACAAAAUUAAUUAUGGCCCAGCUAGUAUUGUUGUUAAUUAUGUUAAUCAUAGAUCUCGUGAUUCUCCAUUUUUCGAUUAUUAUUUAGAGGAGUUAGUACGAAAAAGAUUCAGAAAAGAAUUUAAAGAUAGGGAAUAUGAAAUUUUAUAUGCUCUUUUGGUAAGAGCAGCAGACCCGAUGUCAUAUUGCAAAAGAGGUGACAGACGUAAAACUGUGAUGGACUUGGCGGUUGAAACUAAAGAUUCCAAGACGAUUUACUUGCUGAUCCAAUUCAACGUGGUAUCUACCAUUUUUAUCACAGUAACCUCAGUUCUAAGGGCUGUUUCAGUUCAGUCGAUAAAAAUUGUGAAGCUCGCUCAGGAAUUGAAUUUAGAGCCGGAUGAAAGAUCAUUCCGACGGAAUACACCGUUGCACAUUGCAGCAUCAUACAAACGGUUGAGCAUCACCAGAUAUUUAUUGAACAAUGAUGUUGAUGUUGAUGCAGUUAACGUAUAUAGGGAAACACCCUUAUUUUUUGCUGUUAAAAACAAACAAAUCGAGCAAGCGAUUCUCCUGCUUCAGUACGGAGCAAAUGUAAAUGCAAGGGAUAUACAUGGAAAUACAGUACUGCAUGUUUCAUGUUCCACACAAGAAGGAAUCGACAUGGAAAUGUGCGAAUUUUUAGUGGAAGUCGGAUGUGACCCUAAUUUAUUGGGAAAAUAUGGGCAGACUGCAUUGCAUAAGCUUGCUAAAAAUCAUGAAGCACCUCAUGCAAUGGAAUGUGCCAAAUAUUUAAUUGAAAAUGGUGUAAAUGUAAAUUUCCAGGAUGAAUUCGGCGAAACAGCUUUACAAACCUUAGCGGAUUGUUGUGAAGAAUACACCCCAAUGUUCGAGUUGCUUUUGAGAAGUGGGACUGAUACGAAAAUAUUGAAUGAGGAGGGGAGUACUUUCUUAGACAUAUUGAAACUGAAUACGUGCAAUUAUAGGAGACGAGAAAUUCUGAGACAUCUAAUUAUACUGGAAUUUAAAGAAAAUUUUCAAUUCAGUGUUGAUAGAAUCCUCUCUAAAGAUGAAUUAUUCCGAAAAUGUUGUAGAAAAGAAUUAAUACAUUUCGAGUCUCUAAAAAUACCACAAUUUCAAACGCCGGUAAGCAAUAUUAUAAGAGAAAGAUCUCUUGAAGACUUCUCUUCUAUGAGCGGGGAUGAAGUGGGCCCAGGAUACUCCCCUGAGGAACACCAGAAUGUAUCCGUCUCUCCGAUGAAACAUUUCCAUCCAGCUGAACACGCUGAAACCUAUCUGAAAGAUAGGAUCUCAGAAAUGCCGACGCUUCCUCCCCAAAACCUAUAA